CUCACAUUUAACUGUUACGAAGCCUUAUCUACAGUAUACAGCACUGUACUUAGUGUGUUUGGUUUCACUGACACACUUCUGUUUUCUUAGUACUGUGUCUUUGACCGCUAUGAACAUAGAACUAAGAGUAUCUAUUGUACGUUCGGAAAAAUGCUCUGUUAUUAAUGUUAGGUUUAGGAUCCUUCUAAGUUGUUUCAAAGCUCUUUUGUGGUAAUAUGAGGUAAUUACUACGUUAAUCCAUUCUUUUGUUUGGUCUUUUUUUCUCAGUCUCUCCAAGAAACAUUUUGAAGGACUCUGUGUAGAAAUCAAAGUAAAUAAAUACCGAGCUAAAUUGAACAACAAUAACCUUCAUUCUAGUUCAGUAAUUCCUCAAAGCCUUCAACCAUUCUACAUUUUACGGUUGUUUGCUCCAUUCAACAUUGUAACAGUUAUUGUUCGUUUAGAAAUUUGGGAACAGGAUCGUGUUAGUUUAAAAGUUGAAGAACAUCAUCUGCUCACUGCAUUAGCUCAGUUUAAACGAAUGUAUGCUAAUGUGCGUCAUGAUUGCUUGCAUGCUCUAUUAGGUACAAAAGAACAAGGCUCACGAACACGUGGAAAAGCUAAUCAUAUGACCAUGUGUAUUUAUUCGCGUUGUGUUGGUUACAGUAGAGUAUCACCAACACUUGAUAUUAUUGAAACAGCUCGCACUAUCGCACAUGAACUUGGACAUAAUUUCGGUUUAAGACAUGAUACUGAAGAAUGUGAAUGUCAAGGUUGUAUAAUGGCUACUGGUGUAGAAUUUGGCACAACAGUUAUGAAAUGGUCACCAUGUUCUAUAAGAGAUUUACCAGGUCUACUAAACCAUGGAAUGGGUGUUUGUUUACAUGAUUUGCCUGCUAGUGGGAGUGUAACAAUUAAUUCUUUCGUACCAAACUCUAAAACAUCUACACAUAGAAAGAAUAACAAUAAUGAUAAUAAUAAUAUAAGUAUUCCAAGUGUUGUACAUAUUUAUGAUUGGCAAAGUGAAGCGAAACGAAUUCCAGUUAGUCGUGUAUUAACUAUAAGACAACGUCAUUCUGCCUCAUCUGUUGAGAAAUAUGCAAAUGGAUUAUGUGGAAAUGGGGUGUUGGAUCCUGGUGAAGAAUGUGAUUGUGGUACACAAACUUCAUGUCCAGAAAAGUGGCAAGCCUGUUGUGACCCAGUACGUUGUCGAUUACGUGGUAAUUCUCAGUGCGCUGGUGGUCCAUGUUGUGAUAUUAUUAAAAAAAAUUCCCUGGAAAAUGUAAAUCGAUCAGCAUCUUUUUAUUGUAAAUUAAAACCUUCCGGAACUAUCUGUCGUAAUGAAUCUGGUACUUGUGAUUUACCGGAAUAUUGUGAUGGUCAUAGUCAAUGGUGCCCAGCCGAUGUAUACAAAAUCGACGGUGAAUUAUGCUAUACCGAUGAAGGUCGUCGUGCUCAUUGUAUUCGUGGUGGUUGUCGUGAAGCAGAUGGUUGGUGUCGUGUAUUAUGGGUAAAGAGUAGAAAAUCUAAUGUCGAUUCUGUAGCAAAUUGUGGCGUACACCGACCAUUAUCUAAAAAUCGAUGGGAAGAUGUAAAAACGUGGACAGGAAUAGCUUGUGAAACAUGGCAUGAUACGUCCUCUAUGCUUCUUGGUUGGAUUCAGUCACAAACACGUGUUAUUCACUCAUCUGGUCGAUCAUGUUCCGCACUAGUUUAUGAUCCAGUUUGGCCAGCUUCAGAUCCUACCACUUGGGACGAGAACAAAUUAGUUCAAAUUAAUGCGAAUGGUGCAGGUGUUGGACUUUAUUCAGCAAAUACACAAGAUGCUGGGAUGGUUCCUGAUGGGACACCUUGUUCUCGAGGCUUUUGUUACAAUGGUACUUGUAAAACAAUCGAUAAUGUUCGUCCACUGUAUUCAUGUUAUUGCAAUGGUCGUGGCAUUUGUAAUAAUUUAGGACAUUGUCAUUGUUCACCCGGUUAUAAACCACCUUACUGUGAAGAAGAUGGAAAUGGUGGCAGUGUAGACAGUGGGCCGCCUCCAAUAAGUAGGAUCAAGGAUAACACAUUACUUGUUGUAAUAUGCAUCCUUCUCUUUGUGAUUUUACCUCUCAUUGGAUUUGGCGUAUACUAUGUAUUUAUACGUUCUGGUAGAUGCUUAGUGAGCACAUCAAAGGAGUUUAUUUAUACAAGUAGUGGUUUACGUAAACCAUGUGAUAAAAAUUGUACAGAAUGCUUUUGUCAACUAUUCAGAAAUGACAAAGCCGAAACUUCAAAACAAAGUGAUAGACUCGAAAAGCCGUACCCCUUACUUGCAUUCGCAGCCUUCGAUUCAAAAGUCACAGAGAAUAAGGGAUUCAUCAACGGUCAAACCAAUGGUUACUGCAAUGUCACAUCCAAUGGUAAACUAUCAAACGGUUCUUACAUACCAGUUAAACCAAAAACAGUCAGCUUUGAACCAGUGCCCUCUAAGAAAACAACUUCCAAUUUCAGUGGAGUCAAAACAACUUGCUCACAAAACACCUUGUUCACUAGCACAAAAGCAGCAAACAAAUAUCACCGCACAGGUUCGAAAAGAGAAAUUCCAACUUUAAUUUCUAGAAAUGAUAAAAACUGCAUCAUCAAGGAAGAUAAUAAAGAAACAAUCCCAACUAGUCACCUGAAGUUUACUAAAUUCGAUAGUCAACAUCUCUCCACCGCUUUUGAACAUCACCAACAACGUUUACACUCGAACAUUACAUCUAUAAAGCCAACUACAUUCAUUUCAGAACCCCGACUUGAAACAAUGACUUAUGAAGGACCAAUGUGUUCUUUAAAUGAUCCAGUUAUAAUUAAUACAUUACAACGUAAAUCUAAAAACACACUUGAUAAUCAAUCAAAAUCUGCUUCAUUUAGUAAUUCUCAAUCAUCUAUUAAUAAACAAAAUUGUCAACAAAAAACAAUCACUAAUCAACACCUUACAGCGCAACCACUGACAACAACAGUUGUAACAGGUGGACGUCAACCACUUUCAUCGAAAGAUAUAUCUGAGCCAUUAUUACAAGCAACUACAUAUAACGAAAGUUUAUCGGAUCUAAAAACAGCUAGAUUGAGAUUAUCACAGAAAGAAUUUGAACUUUGA